UGGGAAAUUGUCAAUAUGUCUAGCCCCAUGUCAGAUUUAAACACUGCAGAUGCAGGUUCAGAUACAGAACUGGACACCAGAGAAUUGGUGCGAGCACAGAACAAGAAGAAAAAAAAGUCUGGCGGGUUUCAGUCCAUGGGUGUCUUUAGUUACCCCGUUUUUAAAGGAGUGAUGAAGAAAGGUUACAAGGUUCCUACUCUUAUCCAGAGAAAGGUGGUUCCAAUCAUUCUUGACGGCAAAGAUGUGGUAGCAAUGGCUAGAACUGGCAGUGGAAAGACUGCCUGUUUCCUUAUUCCUAUGUUUGAGAAGCUGAAGGCUCACAGUGCCCAAACAGGAGUCCGUGGGCUUAUCCUUUCGCCAACUAGAGAGCUUGCCUUGCAGACUCUGAAAUUUACUAAGGAGGUUUCUUUUUUUUUUUUUUUUGCUCUGAUUUUGGGUGGCGACAAAAUGGAAGAUCAGUUUGCUGCUCUGCAUGAAAAUCCAGAUAUAAUUAUUGCCACUCCUGGACGACUGAUGCAUGUGGCAAUUGAGAUGAACCUAAAGCUUCGCAGUGUGGAAUAUGUGGUGUUUGACAGGCUCUUUGAGAUGGGAUUUGCAGAACAACUGCAGGAGAUAAUCUCUCGACUACCAGAGACCCGCCAGACACUCCUUUUCUCUUCCACGCUGCCCAAGAUGCUUCUAGAGUUUGCCCGAGCUGGUAAUUGUUUGCACUUAGGCCUCACUGAGCCUGUCUUAAUACGUUUGGAUGUUGACACAAAGCUGAGUGAACAGCUGAAGUUGUCUUUCUGUCACGUGCGUGCAGAGGACAAACCUGCUGUGCUUCUGCAUCUCCUCCACUGUGUUGUAAAACCUCAAGAACAAACAGUCAUUUUUGUUGCCACUAAACACCAUGCAGAAUACCUGAGAGAGUUGCUGGACAUGCAAGGAAUUCCAUGCUCUCACAUAUACAGUGCGUUGGAUCAGACAGCCAGAAAGAUAAACCUGGGUCUCUUUUUGCACGGGAAGGUGUGUGCAUUGUUGGUCACUGAUGUAGCUGCUCGAGGUAUUGAUAUACCAAUGUUGGAUAACGUCAUAAACUACAACUUCCCUCCAAAGGCCAAGCUUUUCCUGCAUCGUGUUGGCCGAAGUGGGACUGCUUACUCAUUCAUUGCUCCUGAUGAAACUCCCUACGUCUAUGAUCUCCAUCUUUUUCUUGGGCGCCCACUUAAACUGGCAACAGCACAGAAAAUGGAGACAGAGGCAGACACAGAUGGGAUACUGGGGCGAGUACCUCAGAGUUUGAUCGAUGAUGAGGAUUCCUUGCUUAUUACGGAUCGUGAGCAAUCACUGGAGCUGCAGAACUUGCACCAAAUUGCAGAGAAUGCGUACAAACAGUACAUAAAAUCCAGGCCAACUCCCUCUCCUGAGUCCAUUAAACAAGUCAAAGAUGCUAACUAUAACCUGUUGGGGGUUCACCCACUCUUUUGGUUUCAGCUUGGUGAGGAGGAGAUGCAGCGGCUGAAGUUUGUGGAUGGCAUAAAAUCUUACAAAUCUAAAGCAACCAUAUUUGAAAUUAACGCUACUAGUAAGACCUCCGCAAGUGAAAUUAUGCGGGCCAAGGGAACUCACGAUGGGAAAGUCAUUGCUAAGUUUCAGCGGCUGCAGGAUGAGAAAACAAGUGCAACUGUACAGACUUCUACCAGUGGGACCUCCAGCCUUAGCUGCGAACCAGAGAUCGAUGAGGAAAACAUGGAGGGGGUAUUUUCACAAGUGCGUGGGAAGAGGAAAAUAACUGACAAAGAUGAAGCUGAAGGCAGCAAGAAAAGAAGAAGAGGAGGAGCUUCCCAGGACCCCAGCUAUUACAUACCAUACAGACCAAAGGAUUUUGAGAGUGAGAGGGGGCUCAGCAUUGGGGCAGGCAGCUUUGAGCAGGCAGCCGCUGGGGCUGUAAUGGACCUAUUGGGAGACCAGACAGAAGAUCUCCAAAAGAAAAAACAAGUCCUGAAGUGGGAUCGAAAGAAAAAGAAGUUUGUGGGAACAGGUGGACAGGAAGACAAAAAUAAAAUUAAGACUGAGAGUGGGCGACUUAUUAGCAGCUCCUAUAAGAAAAACCUAUACGAAGGCUGGAAGAAAAAAUACAAGAUUGAUGACCAAGAUUCUGACGAAGAGGAGGAAAGAGAUCAGAGGACAGCUACUGGACGCAGAAAAGGGAAAGGUGGGCAUGGCUCUCAGAGACACUCCAGUUCACAAAGUUCAGGGCCACAGGGCAAGGCCAAAUCCGAGCUGCGCAGCAAACAGCAGAUUCUCAAGAUGAGAAAGACGCAAGCUAAACAGCAAUUCUUGCAAAAAGGGGGUUUGAAGAAGUCUAAAACGAAAACAAGACAGCUGGCCCAUCAGAUGAAGAAGUCUGCAUUUGGAAGGGGAAAAAGCCAUGGCUUCAAGAAAGGGAAGACAAGAAAAUAAGACGUGACCGAGGACUGUGGAAACAGACUGCAACAAAUCACAAACAAACUCCUCCUCUUGUUCAUAAAAACUUGACUGUAGACAGGAAGAAUGUGAGAAUCAGUCUUUCCCUAAUAGGGAAUUGGCUGACAGGUGAGGCUGGUUCUUGCAUUAUAAGUUCCUACUGAAUGCCAGCAAAUCACAUUUGAAUAAGCCAAAGCAUUGCCCAAUUUAAUGGAAAAGACACUCUAAUCUUGUUACAGAAAAUGUUGCUAUACCCUUUUUGCUAAAAAUAUGUGGUGUAGGAACAUGUUAUUAUAACUGGCAUGUGGCAAUUCCAGAUUUAAAUCAAGGAAUGUAAAGUAACUUGUUCUCUUUAAUACAGAACACCCUAUUCCUUGUAUCAUUAAACAUUCAAUUUGAUUCCAAUACUAAUACUGAUGUAAAACAAAUAGAUGCCUCCACGAGGCUUUGUAUUUCCAAACAUCCAGCAAAACCAAUACUGUGCUCAAUAAAAAUAAAUGUAAUAUUCCUAAA